UUUGAAUAAAAUAAUUAGAAAUGCUUUCUCAGCCUAAGAAGUUAGGGAGCGAGCUUCUUUUCCUGUCUAUUUCAAGUGGAGACAUUCAUAAUGUUAUCAAUUUAAUAGAGGAAGAUGAAGUUGAUGUGAACUGUCCAAAUAUUAAUGGCCAGACACCUCUCCAUUUUGCAGUAAAGGCCCAAAGCUUUAAAAUGGUUGAGCUACUCCUUCAUUUCAAAGCAGAGCCUAACUUAAAGGAUAAUUAUGAAGUGGGGAUGAAUACCCCUCUUCAUCUGGCUGCUGAGCUUAACUUAAUAGACAUUCUACAACUCCUACAUGAGAAUGGAGGGGAUCCUACCGAGCAGAACAAAUGAGGAUUUACAUGUCUACACAUUGCUGCAAGGCAUGGGUACCUCAAUAUGGUAAAGUAUCUUACUUUAGACCCUGGAAUUGACAAGGACCUUCGUGAUACUUAUGGCUUCAAUGCUGCCUAUUGGGCUAAAGAGUAUAACUACCUCGAUUGCCUCAACCUUCUUGGAGAUCCCAUUAAGAUAUCAAAGGAAGAAUUUACUGAAUAUAUGGAACAAGUCUGGGCUGAUGCAGGAGUUGACCCUGGCAAGAAGAAAGGCAAAAAGAAGGGAAAGAAAGGAAAAAAGAAGAAGUAAUCUGCUUAUUGCUUUAAGUUCUCUUAUUCCA